AUGAAAAACAUUGCAGAGAAAACAAAACAAAAACUAUCUGGAUCAGAUAGUGAAGAAGAGUAUCUAAAUGAAACAGGUUUUAAUAUGAGUGAGGAAGAUUUUAAUAGCUACUAUCAAGAGUCUGAUGAUUUAGAAAAAUAUUAUAAAAGCAAAAAGAAAUCAGAGCUGUUGAAUAUUGCAAAUGAAAGCGAGAUAAAGAUAAGCGGUGAUUCUAUUACGAAAGAAGAACUUAUUAACAGGCUGUUAAGAUAUGAACUUAAAAGUACCAAUGAGAAGUGGAAUCGUGAUGAUUUUCAGCCGAAUUCAGGUGGGUUCAAACCAAAGAGAACUGAAAAGCAUGGCUCGGAACCAAUCGAAUACUUUAGGUUGUUUUUCGAUCAAUCGCUGCUCUCGAUGAUACUCUCUCAAACCAAGCUUAGUACACAAGCUAUUAUCAUCGAUGAAAGUAUCAUUCCAACCAAAUCUAGAGCAGAUGGCAUACUACAGCACUUUAAAGAUAAACAAGAGAAAUGGGGUUACAAACUGACAAAGUUAUGUGAUGUACAUCAUUAUCUAAUUACAUUUAGUAUCUAUCAAAAUAAACCAAAAGAAAUAACUACUCAAAACGACAACAAUAAUAAUAAUAAUAAUAAUAAUAAUAAUAAUAAUAAUAAUAAUAAUAUAAAAGAAAAGAUAAGUAAUCAAGUUGUCAAAGAUUUGAUUAGUAGAGCAGAGAUACCACACCAUUAUCAUCAUCUCUAUACCAAUAGUUUAUUCACUUCAAUAGAUCUCUACAAAGAUCUUCUCAAGCUAGGUGUGUUUGCGUGUGGCACGAUUAAAUCAAACAGAGCAAUCUUUCCGGAUUUCAUUUACAAGCAACCACUUAAGAAACAUGAAUAUCUGUGGUGCAAGUUGAAAUCAGAUAACCUAGGUCUCUAUAGGAUAUAUGAUACCAAAGAAUUCUUUCUGCUAUCUACUAUUCACCAACCAUCCAGUACAGUGAAAUACAAAUCAGAAGGUCAAAAGAGAAAAGAAAAAGAAAAGACAACAACAACAACAACAACAACAACAAACAACACCACCACUCAAUCGAAUUCAAGUCAAGUCAUUCUAGAAUCGCAUAGAGAUUAUAGAAAGAACAUAGGGAAUGUAGAUACCAACGAUCAAAUGAUAAAAGAGUUUUGCUUUCUACACCACUCACGUAGAUGGUAUAGUUCGAUAUUCUUUUACCUCUUGGAAGCUGCUCUCUUAAAUUCCUUUAUUCUCUAUAAGAAUCAACACGAUUCCACUCAUUCAUACACACAAUAUAGGAAGAUUAUCAUUAAAGAACUCCUGGGAAAUGUAACGAUACGUACGAGGGACUCACAAGUUGCCUCUCAUAUUUCACCAAAGAGAGAUCACCUUUAUUCAAAUAAAAAACAAAAAAAAAAACUCUAA